UAUCAAGCAAUCCAAAAUACCGUGCUAAGCCGCAGUAUAAAGAAAAUGCAGACUUAUGAUAAAACUAAAGUCACUUUUCAAAAAAACACACACCGAGUACAAAUGUCACUAUUGUUGUUUUUGCAGUUUUGGAAUUGGAAGAUGACAGUGCAAUUCUUAACAUACAUAUGUGCAAACGAUACCUUCAAUUAAAAAGCCAAGAUCUUUCGGUGAAAGCAUAUGAUCUACAUAUUUGAUGCAAAACUAGGCAUACUAUUGAUGGAAUGCAGCGUAGACAUCGCUUACGCGGUUGUACUCAAAUUUACAACAGCGCGCCAAUCGUACAUCGUUUUCGCUGAUUGGCGCCAAUUGGAGAAUCCAAGUGUCACCAGGUCCUACCACAUCUGGUCGUCCCAACGGCGUAGAGGCCUUCCUCUUUUUCUCCGGCGGGUACUGCGUCCUGCUUGCAAGAGUUAAUCUGCGGUGGAUUUCGAUGCUGACGUUGUUGUUGGUGGACGAAAUGAAGUCGUACCUUCGAAGCCAAGUCGCGAGUGCGACGACUGUUUGUUUAAUGAUAUCAGACCCAUACGCUUUGCUUCUUUAUCUUGUCUGGAGGAAGCAGAAUUCAUUGCGUGGAUGUUAUUCCAUAAGCUCACAUAAAAUGAUGUGCUUUAAGUAACGAAUUUCUUUUCUAGAUAUAUUUUUUUGUAUAAGAGGAUGAAGCUCUACUGUAGCGAACAGAUACUAAUAAUUAAGGCGAUAAAUAGUUGUAAAAUUCAAACCAUUUAAGUGACAUUCAUUAUUGUCCACCGCUUUACAAUUUUAAAGCUUUACAAAUUUUAGGAGUCAUGUGAGAGAACUGGCAGAUGAAUCUGAAAGACCAAAAUAAACGUAUUCCUGUAAUUCCGCCAUUUCAGCCCGUGAACAAAGAGCACCUGGACUUCCUCGUUAAAAAGUUGACAGAUUCUCAACUUAAAAAAAUAAUAGCACAAGCGGUGCAUAACAUUGGAUACCUUCAGAAGCCAGGACACAACUGGACGGUAUCCAGUGAGAAGUCCUUAGGCCUGCUAAUGGAUUAUCACUUCCCAAACAGCUCUGAAAACCGCACGAUGGAAUAUACACUAAGCAGUGAAGUAGAGACAGAGACCUCUUUUGUACACAUAGAGUCAGACAGUAAUGUAUACAAAGAAAUUUCGCCCCAUUUUUGGAAGUGAUGUUGUGUUUGCGGAAAUCACGUUCCAAAUCUGUGCAGAUAUGCUCAAUCCGAGAUCCGGAGACUGAGAGGGGUGUUACUAAAACUUUUAGGCUGCUGUACAAUAUACAUAGUAGCUUUGUAUUGCGAGCUGUCUUUUCGUCAAUCUUUGAUGCCACAAUCAGGUCCAAAUAUGUUGAACUUCGUUCGUUAUCAAAAAUUAUUUUCGACCAAAACUCAGCACCAGGAUAUAAGUUUUGCGAACUCCAAAUUCUUCUCUCCAUUUUUUCACUUAUAAGCAACUGUAUUAGUGGGGUUCACCCAUUAUAGCUAGCAGCUAUUGGCACUUUUGCAAAGACUUUUACAAACUAAAUUUUCAAAUACUUCUUGAGGCACUAUACAUAUGGGUCAUUCCAUCAAUUGCCGACAUGGUUUUGUACCCGUGGUUCUCCGAUUUUGACCAAACUAUAGAAUAUCAUAAUAUAGACCAGAAGAAGAAUAUACGUCAACUUUUUAGUGGUCAAAGUUGCUCCUCUGGUUUUUGGCGCGCAAUUCGAACUCCGAUCAAACAAAAAAAUUACUAUUUCUUUUAUUUUUUAACGAUCUGAAAAUUGAGUACAAAAAAUUUUGAAGUUAUACAAUUUUAUGUAAAAAAAUCUCAGCUUUCUGAUAAAAUAUUUUCAACCUCCAAAAAGAUUUUCAAAAUCCAAAAAAAAAACAUUUUUUUCCAAAACAGUUUUUUGUGCCUUUCCACCAAUUCUUUUUCAAAAUUUCCAUUCGAUUCCUCGUUCAAUUUUACAUAAGAACUAAUGUUCAAAAAUAUGGAACUCUGAUCCCAUGAACAGCAAAAAAAGCUGAGUUGUCGCUAUGCGGCGCAAGCUAUUAACUCCUAAAGCUAUAUUUGACAGGGAGGAAAAAAGCAUGUGUGUGUGUAACGAACAUUUUUUUAUUAUAUUUUCAAAACUUACAGAACAUUCUAGGCGAUAAACUAUGUUUCGAGUGGAAUAUUAACCUUUCAUACACAUUAUUUGAAAAGUUUCAAUUCUUGAACAUGUAAUGACCUUGAAAAACCUUUCACAUUGAGGAAAUUUUCUUGAAACUGAUUUUUGUUUUCAUAAAUAUCUCUACUCAGAAAAAGUAUUUUUUUUUAUUGAAGUUCGUGUCCACUCAUACAAGUCUUGUUCUGUCAAAAUUGGCUGCUGACUUCCUCUUUGAAGAUUUGCUCUUGUUGCAAGGCGCUUUACACUCCCAGCUACUCUAUCGCACGGUGUUUUUCCAUGGGCAGUCGCAAAGAAGUGCCAUUCCGCUUGAAUUCGAAAUUCUGUGUAAUGUUGACGUAAAUUCGCGAAAGAAUUUUUAUUUUUGAAUUGUUAUGGUGCUCCGUCAGAGUAGUAAUAGAUUUUUUCAAUGAUUGCGAAUUUUUUUCAAAUAUUCAAUCCCUUUCUCCAGAAAUAUGUGUACAGAAACAGAAUCAUGUUUCAAACAGUCAAAAAUCCCAACCAGCCAAAAAAUGUUUCAAAUCUCCAUGUUCUUGAUAAUAAAUUACUGUUGGAAAUAGUGUAGCCUGACUCUUGUUCCAGUCAAAGGCUUGAGCAGCGUCUUGUACGAGUAAUUUUCCGCAAAAUAUUGUACUAGAAGUAUUUCACUUGGACCCAAAUUUUCUUUCAAUUCAGCGAAAUAUUUAGCUUGUUUUGAGGCCACGAAUCCAUGAAGUAAAAGUUUACUCAGAUCUUCCAUGACGUUAUCGUCAGUUUCAGUUCUCACAUUAAGAAUGGUACAGCGAUCCGUUGUUCCCCAUUUUUUAUAUCUAAUUUCAUCAAUGCCACAAACGUCAUUGAUUUGUGCGCAUAAAGUGCAUGUUCAAUAGGGUGGGUCGAUUCCGGAAUUUUUUCGAUUCGGUAUUUCUAAUAGUGCGGAAAAGUUGCCUUAGUACUUCCUGAUUCUAAUGCAACUUUUUGUUUUGAGAUCAGAUUGCAUCUUCAACCCGAACCUCGGCCUUGAAAUUUCGGAAAUUCGCCUAAAAUCGUGAAAUUGUCUACCUAGCACCUGAAAUACGCAUCUCAUGGCAAAAUGUAUAAAACAAAAGUUAUUUGUCACGUCAUUUGCUACCGAAAUGGUAUAUGUGAUCAUGGCCGUAGGACGAACCGUUCCCGAGAUACGAGCGAAAAGGCGGCGCGCCACAGCGCAAGGUGAAAAUCGGCUUGCGGCCACACUUCUUGACGUUGAUUUCGCCGAGUGCUAUCACUCACAUUCAUUCACCUACGCCAAAGGACACGUUCGGAUAGGUCUCCACACAAAUAUUUUUUCAUCGAGUUCCUUCACUCUUGUCGGUGAUUUCGCCGAGUUCUAUCACUUACAUUCAUUUCCCUGCGCCAUACGAUACGUUCGGACUGGUCUCCACAUAAAUAUUUUUUCAUCGAGUUCCUUCACUCUUGUCGUUGAUUUCGCCAGGUGCUAUCACUUAUAUUCUCUCAACAAAACACAGAACUCAAAAUGUCUGUAUCUAAAUUUAAAUUUAGACAGAAAUAUCCUGUGUUUGGCAUAUAUCCGUACAAUCUCUCUGAGUCCCAGUUACCUACUUACCAGGAAGUUUCUUUUGUGUUAUCAGUUUGAAAGAUUUGGUAUAGGCGACUCCGAGGCGACAACUAUGAACCUAGGAGUAAAGAGGUUACAGAAAUAGUUGCAAAAAAGGUUAAAAAUACUUUCAAAUAGUCAUCUAUUCCGAUAGUUUCACACACCAGAGUUGUACAAAUGCUCACCACAUACCAUAAGAAAUUUCUGACUCUUAAAAAAAUGUUUUUAAGGAACCCAAUAGGUUUGAGCUCUAAAAGAGACGACUUUGUCUCUUCUGCCGGAAAAUUAUUUGACAUCGCUGCUUGUAAAUGCAUUUAUUUUUCUUCUUGCACUUGUCCAAAGGAAAGGAAAGUUCCUAUCAAUGAACAACCACUUCUCUUGGACCAGAGAACCACAAGAAUUGGUCGCAUUGGAAGUGUUGAUCUACCUGAAACAAAAAAGAUUACAAAGAAAAAUGAACGUAAAGAAAAGCUUUCAAAACGUCAUUCAACAUCAACACUUACCAGAAAAGUAUCAGCUAGAACACGUGACCAUUCAGAUCAGCCAGACUCUCAUACAAACGACAACAAUGUAGGCGCGUCGCACAUUGAUUCUUCGAAAAACGAUGGUGAUGAUGAAUUUUCUCUUCCAUCCUCUAAAACCAAACAAAACACACUAGUAUUAGAACACACUGCUUUAGCUGCCCAAAGAUUUGGAGUAAGUGAUAGAGCAGCGGCCUUGAUUGUUUCAUCUUCUUUUCUGGAUGCCAAAAAAGCAGGUUUGAUAACAGAGGAUCAGGCUAGCUUUGUCACUGACAAAUGCAAGAUUAGUCGGGCAAAAAAAAGUGUUGGUGUUAAGCUCCAGAACACCGAAAGUAUUGACUCCGUAUAUGGGCUGUAUUUUGACGGCCGCAAAGACAAUACACUUACACAAGUCAGCGAAGGUGAAAAGUACUACCGCGACAUUGUCAAAGAGGAACAUAUUUCUCUUAUAGCGGAACCUGGUUGUCAUUACUUUGGCCACGUCACUUCUCCUUCCGGGUCAGCUGAGGAUGAGACGCAAGCUAUAUGGCAACAUUUACAAGACAAUUCAGUUGAUGUGGAACAUCUAGAAGUUGUCGGUGCUGAUGGCACCAACACGAACACAGGUUGGAAAGGUGGAAUCAUUCGGAAACUAGAAGAAAGAAUAGGUAGGCCAUUACAGUGGGUUGUUUGUCUUCUACAUUUCAACGAACUUCCAUUCCGUGCUCUUUUCGAACACAUAGAUGGUGUCUCAAAGAGUCCAAAUACAUUCUCUGGCGACAUAGGUAAAUAAUAGGCUCCCUUAUUGUGAGAAGUUGCCUGUUGUCAAAUUUGAAAGUUUUCCAUCCUGCCAAUUACCUUCUGAGGUUAUUAAUCCGACCCAACUUAGCACAGACCAAGCUUAUCUCUAUAAAAUAUCAGAAGCUGUUAUUUCCGGUCAAUGUUCCUCAGAUUUAGCGUCGAUGCAUCCAGGUAACAUGUGCAAAUCUCGCUGGCUCACCUGUGCAAAUAGAAUUCUGAGAUUAUACAUUUCUACUGACAAACCAACAAAGGAAAUAAAGAUUUUGGUCAAGUACAUACUUACAGUUUACUCACCUUUGUGGUUCUCAAUAAGAUUCAACAGUUCAAUCAAAGAUGGCUCGCGCCAUCUCUAUGCUGCAAUUCAAAGGUCGAGAUACUUACCCGCUAAACUGCGCAAGGUUGUAGAUUCAUCCAUUCAACAGAAUGCUUUCUUUGCUCUUCCAGAAAACAUUCUCCUUAGUAUGAUGACUGACGAACGGAUAGAAGUCAGAAAGUUGGCCCUUGACCGUCUUCUGGUAGUCAGAGAAGCAGAGUCUGACACCAUAAAUGGAAGAGUUAGAUGUAAUAAAGUGCCAAAGCUGAAUUUCAAAGCUAAUACUUAUUACGAUAUGAUUAACUGGAAGACUAUUACCUUGACUGUUCCACCAGUUCUUUGUUCAGUUUCUAACGAAGAACUCAUAAAAGGGCUGUCGGGAGACACUGCAGAGGUAUGGAAAUUUAGUGAAUUCCCCUCUCACACCGUGGCAGUCGAGAGAAUCGUCAAACUGGUGACAGAGGCAUCUUCUAAAGUUAUUGGCCCCCAAUCUCGUAAUCUUUUUAUACGCUCUACACUGAAAUCUAGGCAACAAGUGCCAAAGUUUAGUACAAAAUCUGAUUUUAUCAAUAAAUUUGACACAGAUUCAGACUAAAACAAGCCUGACAUAUGGUUGGUUGGUUGGGUUGGGCUUGGGAGGAACCCGAAGAGCAGCUACCUCCACGCGGUGGGUUCUGGGUGACCAAUACAGGUUAGCUGAGAGCUGCAACAAUUUUGACCUUGCGCUGUGGCGCGCCGCCUUUUCGCUCGUAUCUCGGGAAUGGUUCGUCCUACGGCCAUGAUCACAUAUACCAUUUCGGUAGCAAAUGACGUGACAAAUAACUUUUGUUUUAUACAUUUUGCCAUGAGAUGCGUAUUUCAGGUGCUAGGUAGACAAUUUCACGAUUUUUGGCGAAUUUCCGAAAUUUCAAGGCCGAGGUUCGGGUUGAAGAUGCAAUCCGAUCUCAAAACAAAAAGUUGCAUUGGAAUCAGGAAGUACUAAGGCAACUUUUCCGCACUAUUAGAAAUACCGAAUCGAAAAAAAUCCGGAAUCGACCCACCCUAAUGUUCAAUAUUCAUUUGUAGCAAUUCUGAGCAAACAAAUUUUUCAAAUAGGUAUUUAAAUGAAGGUUUUUCUUUGCUGAUCCAUGAUCUGUUCUUAAAACACUUGCUAAAUUUGAAUACUAUAACAUAAAAUAUAUAAUCUUCUAGUUUCCUCAUAAUUAAUCCGAUCUAAUCAUUAGAUGUCUUUAAAGUAUUUUAACAAAAAAAUGUUCAAACAAAUUAAAGCCAUGAAAUUCAUUUCAAAGUCAUAUGUUCGUGUGAUGUUAUUUCUUUGUUCAUUUUUUAUUCAUUAUGAACUCAUUUAUGUAUCUAUUUAUUAUUUCACCAAUCAUUCAUUCAUUCUUUUAUGAUCAUUUAUUUAUUCAUUAAUUUAUUCACUAUUUUCAUUCAUUGAUUUAUUCAUUUAAUUAUUGUUCUGAAAAAAAUCAAAAAAGUUCUUUAGCUCACCUUCCAACAUCAACUUAACCUUUUCAUGAAUAGUGCACACGCAUGAGGUAUCCGAACAGUGAAAAACAUUUUGAAAAACCUAUUUGAAGACAUAAAAUGAUAUCAAUAUAAACUAACAUCAUAUUUUUUUGAAUGAGAAUACUGAUUUCUUCAUUAUUUAGUUAAAUUCUAAGAAUACAAUUUAUUUGCCUCCUGUACACAACCUUCUAAGCGAACAGACUGCGCCGCACAGCGAUAACUUUGAAUUUUUUUUGCUGUUCAUGGGAUCAGAGUCCUAUAUUUUUGAACACUGAUUCUUAUGUAAAAUUGAACAAGGAAUCGAAUGAAAAAGUCAAUUUUGAAAAAGAAUUAGUGGAAAAGCACAAAAAACUGAAAUGGUUUCUUUGGAUUUUGAAAUUUUUAUUUUUUUGAUUUUGAAAACAUUUUUAUCAGAAUUGGUGGAAAAGCACAAAAAACUGAAAUGCUUUUUUUGGAUUUAAAUUUUUUUUUUUGAUUUUGAAAACAUUUUUAUCAGAAAACUGAGAUUUUUUUACAUAAAAUUGUAUAACUUCAAAAAUUUGUGCACUUAAUUUUCAGGUCGUUAAAAAAUAAAAGAAAUAGUCAUUUAUUUGUUCGAAUUGCGUGCCAAAAAACAGUAGAGCAACUUUGACCACUAAAAAGUGGAGGGAUAUUCUUCUUCUGGUCUAUAUUAUGAUAUGCUAAAGUUUGGUCAAAAUCGAACAACCACGCGUAUUAAACCAUGUCGCCAAUUUAUGGAAUGGUCCAUAUUUAUAUAUGAAAGUAGUAUAUUAUAAAGAAAUAUUUAAUAAGUAGUUUUUGUUUUUACAUUGCCUGCAAAUAUUGUUUUUAAAUAUAGCGUAAAUUAAAAUAUAAUUAAUUAUGAAUGCUAUCAUAAAUAUUCACAAAACGAGUCUCUUAUCGAAACAUACGAUUGCAUAUAAACAUAUAAAAAUAUAAGCCAAAAGGCGAACAUAUACAUAGUACGUCUGUAAUGACAAUGUUUAAUUCUAAGCACAUUUUUCAUUCAAUGCUCAGCUCUAACUGCGCGCCACUGUUAAAAUUUUUCCUUCCGAACUAGAUGCGGACAAUUCACAGACUUGUCCGGACCUACUCUAUAAUUUAUGUUCUCUGGCAAUAGUGCUAUCGUUCUUUUCUCGUUAAAAAUUGUUACAGCAACCCUUUUUCUAUACAUUUCUAUAAUUAAUUUUAAGUCUUAAGUUUUAUUAAUACAAAAAAUAGAUUUGUUUUCUCAUUUGAAUCAUUCACAGUAGUAAAACUGAUUUUCAAUAUGCGAAAUCUAAGUUCAUAAUGAGGUGUCCGCAUACUCUCUUAUACGAAUUCAACACAAUAACUUUAUUGUUGAAUUUAAAAGUAAUUGUUUGAACAAGAAAGUAGAAGCGAGUAGAGAAAUGGCGAAUCGAAGACAGCUAUUUUUUGCUUUACCGUGUUUAGUAAACCAGACAUACUUACAUGCAUACAUACGAAUAAAUGUGGACAUGUGUUUACAUAUGGUAUAUAUCAUAAAAAACUUUAUUUCAAAAUAUACUAGCAAAUAGAAAACUUAGUAAAGAAAUUUGUCUUUAUCGAAUUCAUGGGGUCAAUGACAAAAAAUUAUAGAUUUAUACAUUUCUAACAAAAGUUAAUGUAAAUUUAUGUAUACAUUAUAAUUCAAGAAACAAAGUAUGGUUUAACCAUACUAAGUUUAAUACAACCAUAGUUCCACAUAUUGCUUUAAAAAUAAUUGAAUUAACAUUUUAAAUAGUUUUUUUUUUAUUUUGAGAUCUAAAAUUCUUAUCAAAUUUUUAGUCACAAACCCCAAAUAGUGUUCAAAUAAUAAACUAUAGCAUAUUAAUAUUUUCAUGCAUGUUCAUAGAUAAGUAUGAAUAUUUAAAUUUUGUACUAUUUUUUAGUGUGGCUAAAAUAUUUGAAUUGUACACCAUUCCCAAAUAAAACUAUAACUACUAUGAUUGCUAAGCACGUUUUUCCCAUAAUUUUUUUCCCAAAAGUAAAGAAAAGAUUAGAAGAAAUGUGCCAAAAAUUUUAAGAUAUGAAUGCAAAAAGGGAACAUAUUCCAGAGAACAAAGCCGUAUAAAAGUAAUAAUAAUAACAUUUAAUAGAAAUCAAUUAAUAUAUGCAAUUAAAACACACAAAAAUAAAUGUAAGUGAUAAUUUAUAUUUCCGCAAAUGCAACAAAAAUAACUAAGCCAAAACUACAAAAAACCAGGAGCGAAAUAUGUUGAAAAACUUGCAAUUGUUAUUAGUUUAGACGUUAAAGAAAAUAAAUAAAAUAUAUAUUGCAUGUAUAAUUAAAAAUGGUGAGUGUUUGUUAAAGUAUGAAUAUACAAUACAAAUGUACAUGUUAGAAUAUGAUAUUAACACUACCAAGAAAGUAUAAAUAAUUAAAUGCAAUGGUAUGUCUAUUCAUAUACUUAUAUGCAUGUACAUAUAUAGUACAUAUCUAUAAUUGCGCAUUGUGCUUAAAAGUAUAUAUUCAAAUAUGUAUUUAUUUAAAAUUACAUAUAAUAUAUACAUACAUAGUAUAUAUGUAUACAUGGAAUAUAUUACAGUUAAUUUGUUAAGUCGUUAAAUUUUGACUUUAAAGUCUCAAUGUAGACAUGUCGUCAGUGAGAAGCAAAUACUAUUUGUCGCAACAGUGCUGUGCUAAAACCACCUGAAAAAGUGUGCGUUAAAGCUGUAAAAAUAGUAAAUGAUUUUUUAAUACAAUAUUUAUUAUUGAAAUGAAACAUGCUUGAACUGCAUACUGAACUUAAAAAACUGUUGGAUACAUUUUUUGUUUACAAGAACAUAUAUACAUUUAUUUUAACGUAAAUUAGGAUAUAAUAAAUACGCAUUAUUCAGAUCAUAUAAGCAAUUUUUUUUAGUAUAUUUUGUUUAAAAUUAUGUUAUCCUUGUAGGUUCUCACAGCAUUUCUUUAUUACCCAUUCCUUUUUUGUAGAAAAAAAUAAAUUUUUUAGGUUCUUUAAUAUUGCUUAUGUAGAACAAUGCGUGUAUAUUUAUGUACAUAAAUGAAUUCAUCUAAAUCCAAAAAACAAUUAUAAAUGUGAGCUCACACUUCUUCAAAAAGGGCUACAUUUUUAAAUACUGGAAAUACAUUGAAAAGAUGCAAUGGAUAAUAUAUAAAAAGUUUUUGCGUUAAAAUAUACUUUUUGAACUUCUAUAUUCCUUUCUGUAUAUACAUUUAAGAAAAAACAUAUUAAAAUUGUAACUCGAAAACAACAAAUUGUCAAUUCUACAAGCUUUGUUGUUUCUCAUGACGCGUCACUACAUACGGCGCUUUAUUAAAGACUACAUGAUACAAAACUCUUUGAUUCGAGAGAGAGCUAUUAAAACUAAAUUUUUUAAAACAUUUGUCAGUGAUGCCACUUAACAAAAAAAAAAUAGUUGGGCAUUUUGAUAUUUUUUUGAUUUUACAUAAUAAAUACAUAUAUUCCUGAAACUGCUCAAUUUAUGCCUAACAGUAAGUUUACAAAUCGUAAACCUUUAUUAUAAUAAACAUGUUAGCUCGAGCUGUCCCCCAGUCCUUUUCGAACUAUGGCGCUCUUCUUAAAAGCGGAAACAUUUCUUCGCUGUAGUCGGAAGUUUCUAUACGAGUUGCACAAAGCUAGCUGGGUGGAUUUCUCAGUUUUUUCAGGUACUUCGUCCUGCUCCUUUUAAUUUCAGGCUUAACCAGUAGGAUGCCAAGAUUUUUGUGUAUGUUAACGUUGCGAACAUACCAUGGCGCGCCUGUUAUUACUCUUUAUAAAUGAUUUAUAAUUUAAGCUAGCUGCUCAUAAUUUAAUUUGUAUAUUUGUGAUUCGAUUUAAUGAGAAUUGGUGACGUAAAGUUUUGAUAAAUCUUAUUAAACGCUACGUCGAGAAAUAUUGCACAGCUACGUCAAGAAAUAUAGCACCUCUAACUCGAAUGCCUUCCUUAUUUCAUUUGUAAUUCGGUUGACUUGUUCUACAAUACCACGUUUUUCAUGAAAGCCGAAUUAGUGUUCUGGUAUCACUUUGUUACGAUGGAGAAUAGGAGAUAUCUUUAGUAGCAAAAUUCCUUCGAAUAAUUUGAAAAUACGGAAUUGAAUUCCAGGUUAAUUGUAUCGUUUCUUGAAAUUGCUUUUCGCAUUUAUUUUGUCAGUAACUUUCAACAGGUUUAUUUCUGAUAUCAGCUGCUUAAAAUUCCCUAAUGUGGCAGUGCACUAUCAGGAAACACAUUUGACAGUAAAAUGAGUUAAAAUAGAGUCUCGCUUCAUGACAUGGCUUUUAAGCGCAUAAUUUCCACAAUUUGCUCGUUUGUGUGGCCUGUAUGACCCUCAAACAAAUAAAAUAUGUUGAACAUAAACUUAUGAAAAGAAAACUAUAGCGUAUGGCAUACAGCAAUUAAAAUAUCCUAGUUCUAUCGAAAUACAUUAAAGCCUCUACUUGUGUAAAAAGCAUUUUUACUUUCUACCUAGCACAUAAUCGCUAUACGUGUUUUAAACUGAGAUACGACUGUUACUUUUUGAUUGAGAUAGUGAAAAAUCUAUAACUUUUAACAAAUUUUAAAGACGAUGAUGUAAUGGUCUAUUCUACUGCUUAACGUUUAACUGGUGACAAGCGGUCUCACAGGCCGCCUGAUUUUAUUUCUUUUUAGUUCACUGUCUGAUUUUAGUUCCUAUAUAGAUUGUAUUAGAAAGUUAGUAAUAGCGAGCCUAUUGAAUAUCAUUUAUUUAUCAUUUUAUAUAUUCAUUUAAUGGUUUGAAAGACUGCAGUAAGCUAUCGUCCUAGGCCGCUCGUCACCAAUUAAAUUACACAAAAACCAUGUCACCAGUUAAAGGUUAAUCAGUGACUAAUGGCUUUGUGCCAAAGGUAUCUUUUUUCUCGGUGUUGAGUUGGGUGGAAAAAUUUACUAUGGUGUAGCUAUGAACUAUUGACAUAUGAAAUUCAAAACAAAGGCUCAUCCAACGCUUAAAAGUUUUUAUUUAUGUUCAAAAUAAAUACAAUUCAAAGCAAAUACUUUCCUUCGAUAAAGUAACUGAAGAUAUUACAUUCAUAAGAGGUUUUGCUUUGAAUUUAAAACUUUAGGCAGCGUACUAGUUAUCAGAUAUACUUGUAUUGCAACUACGUAUAUCUUUUCAAUAACUUUGUACAUAUGUACAUAUCAUAACAGGAUAAUUUUUAUCUUCAUGUCUUCAUGAUGUCCGGUGAUUGGAAAAAAGUUUAAACGCUUUUAACCCCUUGACGUAUCAAUUAGUGCAACGAAAUUCGCUUCCAACUGUUUGCACACAACUUGCUUUGUGCACCGAACUGUCCGAUGGUUAUUUCACAAAAUUUACAAAAAAUAAAAUACUACGAUUUAAUUUUAAUGCAAUAACAAAAAAUGUGGAUAAUAACACAGUAUAUAAUGCACUCAACUGCAACAAUGUUUUUUGUUUACCUUAUUAGCUGAAAAUAACGGGAAAAUUUCAAUUCUCUUUUCAUCAAAAGUACACUUCUACGCACCACGAGCCAGACUCGUGAUAAUCAUGUUAGGCACAGAAAUUGUACCCCGAGUCAGACUCGUGGAAAUACAAUACGUCAAGGGCUUAAAGAAGUCCAUGAAAAUUGUGCAAAUCACUUACAAAAACAUCAUGGUUGCUUUCAAUAAUACAUAAUAUAUAAGGGAGGAAAAUUUAUUUGAGAACAAUGUUUCGGUAUUUUAAAGACAUGAUGGUAAAAUACAUAUAUUUACCAAAAAUUUAGAACUAAACGGUUUUUAGUGCAUUUACGUUACGUAUCAUAUGUGUAAUGCGGGAACUUUGUGGUCCCUCAAUUAAUGUAAUCGAAGAUGAUGUUAUUUAUUUGAAUGAAGGACAUUCAACUUUACAUUUAAUGAUUACAGUAAUUGAUUGAUUACUAAAUGAAACCAAAAGAAAAUCAUAUUAAAAUAAAACACGUUAUUACAUAAUUUUCAUUAAAUAACAUGGAAAAAAAAUCAUUUUUUUGUGGUGGUUAUUGUGCGGAGGUUUUAUAUGUGCACGCGAAGGCUGUCGGUAGGGAUGAUAAACUCGAUUCCGAUUCUACUCGAGAAUCGAGUUUUCUCGUUAAAUAAUAGAUUUUUCGGAAUCGAUCUUCAGUAGUCGAAGUCGAUUAAGAAUCGGUUCUUGACAUUCGAAAAAUCAAUUAUUUUACGAGAAAACUCGAUUCUCGAGUAGAAUCGGAAUCGAGUUUACCAUCCCUACCGGCAGCCAUCACGUGCACAUAUAAAACCUCCGCACAAUAACCACCACAAAAAAAAACAAGUAAGGAAGGGCUAAGUUCGGGUGCCACCGAACAUUUUAUACUCUCGCAUGAUAAAGUGAUAAUCGAGAUUUCAUUAUCCGUCAUUUACAUAUUUUUUUAUUUUGCUGUAAAAUUAAUUAGAAUUAAAUUCUGAGAGAUUUACCGAUAUUUUCGGUGGAAAAUUAGGUUUGGUUAGGUUAGGCACUGAGUUCUUCGUGUUCGAUAUCAGGGACCUUGAAAAGUUAUAUUCCGAUCACGACAAUUUUUCCACAAGGGAUACCUCAGCUCAAAUACCGUAUUUGUGUAAAGUUUUAUUUCGCUAUCAUCAUUGGUUCCUAAUGUAUAUAUUAUACAGAGAAGGCGUCAGAUGGAAUUCAAAAUAGCGUUAUAUUGGAAGAAGGCGUGGUUGUGAACCGAUUUUACCCAUAUUUCGUACAUGUCAUCAUAUAUACCGAAUUUCAUUGAAAUCGGUCAAGUAGUUCCUGAGAUAUGGUUUUUGGUCCAUAAGUGGGCGACGCCACGCCCAUUUUCAAUUUUUAAAAAAAGUCUGGAUGCAGCUUCCUUCUGCCAUUUCUUCCGUAAAAUUUUGUGUUUCUGACGUUUUUUGUUAGUCGGUUAACGCACUUUUAGUGAUUUUCAACAUAACCUUUGUAUGGGAGGUGGGCGUGGUUAUUAUCCGAUUUCUUCCAUUUUUGAACUGUAUAUGGAAAUGCUUGAAGGAAACGACUCUAUAGAGUUUGGUUGACAUAGCUGUAGUAGUUUCCGAGAUAUAUACAAAAAACUUAGUAGGGGGCGGGGCCACGCCCACUUUUCCAAAAAAAUUACGUCCAAAUAUGCCCCUCCCUAAUGCGAUCCUUUGUGCCAAACUUCACUUUGAUAUCUUUAUUUAUAGCUUAGUUAUGACACUUUAUAGGUUUUCGGUUUCCGCCAUUUUGUGGGCGUGGCAGUGGGCCGAUUUUGCCCAUCUUUGAACUUAACCUUCUUAUGGAGCCAAGAAAUACGUGUACCAAGUUUCAUCACGAUAUCUUAAUUUUUACUCAAGUUACAGCUUGCACGGACGGACGGACGGACAGACAGACAUCCGGAUUUCAACUCUACUCGUCACCCUGAUCACUUUGGUAUAUAUAACCCUAUAUCUAACUCUUUUAGUUUUAGGACUUACAAACAACCGUUAUGUGAACAAAACUAUAAUACUCUCUUUAGCAACUUUGUUGCGAGAGUAUAAAAA